CCCGCCCUUCAAAUUGUGCAGUGUGUGUAAUAAUAUGGACUUCAUUCCAGAGCUCGGUUAAAAUGACUUUUUUGGGGGGCGAAAAUUUUAUUGACUGUUAUUUUAGUCGUUUUUUUUGUUUGUUUUGUUUUUAAAUAUUAAAAAUUCACUUUUGCACUCGGCCGAGAAGAGUUUGUUGACAUAGAUCGUACUUCCGCUUUGGGAGCAGCCUCGAGAUUGCUGUUUUUUUGAUAUGCUUUUUAGCCUCACAACAGGGUCAGUCUGUUUAAUUAAGAAGGAAAGAAAAUAUGUUUAGGGUUUCUGUGAAUUACAUUUUGCUGUGCGGGCAGGUUUUGUUGUUUGUGGCUGCCCUGUUGCUGCAGUGUUUAGGUGGAAUUUAUUCCCAAAAUACAACGACAGCUGCUUCCUCUAGAGAUGGCACCCGCGGAACUGCAUCAGGACUGGGAGACCAGGAGAAUGACACCGCGGCUUCCCCAAAUACCACGCCGAGCGACGGGUCAGAUACGUGGGAGUACAGUGACCCAUAUUCACCCGUGGUUCUGUGCAGCUAUCUGCCAGAUGAGUUCAUAGAGUGUGACGAGCCGGUGGAUCAUGCUGGAAAUGCAACUGCUAGGAAUGAACUUGGCCAUGGCUGUGUAAAGUUUGGAGGGCAAGCAUACAGAGAUGUUGAGCAUUCAGAGGUAGUGUGCAGAGCACUGUAUGGGAUUGAGUGUGCUGGAGAGAGAGAGUUUCGACGAGGAAACAAGCCAUGCAUCAAGUACACGGGACAUUACUUCAUAACCACCCUGCUGUACUCCUUUUUCCUGGGCUGUUUUGGAGUGGACCGGUUCUGCCUGGGUCACACUGGCACCGCUGUGGGGAAGCUGCUGACGCUCGGAGGCUUGGGCAUCUGGUGGUUUGUGGAUCUCAUCUUGCUGAUCACCGGAGGACUCAUGCCCAGCGACGGCAGCAAUUGGUGCACAUUUUACUAAAAACUAAACUAGAAUGAGGACAGAGUUGUGAACUGGAUCAGCUGGUGGAGGCUUCUAUUUAUCAGGAACUUUACAAGCCCUAACUGUGUACAAAACAACAUGCAUACACUGGAGAGAAUGGAUCAGCAGCCCCGAACAGACAGAGGAGAAACGAUGAACAAUUGAAAAUGAUCUGAACGUUCAUUAUGAAAAAGCUGAAUAUCUUAUCUGUAAAUGAAACUGGGAGUCAACAGCUCUACUGUGGGAACUGGGGUGAGUCACUCUACCUGCUUGUAGCUCCACACCCACCAAGCUGUAACACUGGGUUCAAGGAGAAACACGAUAAAUGGUUUGUCGCAUCAAAAAUCUGCCAUGCCAGUUUAUUAGGAUGUAUAGCUAAAAUUGUCACACAUGUUUCAGACUUGACAGGCCUCUAACCUAUCACUAGCUGUUUUCUCUCUUGACGACCUGCAUUCCCAUUGGUUUUACCACUGCUGACUUUGAUACAGUGUAUCAACAUGACCAUUGCUAUUCUGGCACCUGCUUGAUAUGCACCCACUAUCAUGUCUGUCUCUCAGUGCUGUUUGCUUGUUGCCUUUCACGAUUUCUCACAGAUGGAUUGCAGUUGUGCUGCUCCCACGCCUUCUAUUGUGCUGCACGGCUCACCGUUCACAUGAUCACUCUAAUAGACAGGUCCUAAUAAAGUGGCCUGGCAGUAUACACGUGGGGUAGGAACAUUAAAUAAGAGUCAGUGUGUGUGUGUGUGUGUGUGUGUAUGUAUAUAUAUUAGAUAGAAUAUAUAUGUAUGUAUGUGUGUCUGCCUGACAAUAUUAUGGAUUGGUUAUAUGUAAAAUUUUGUUAAAUCAUCUUUUUUCUGUUACAAUGUUUUUCCGUGAUAACUUUUUUUUCUGUUUUUCCCUUUUCAUAUAAAGACUUUACUAAAAUAUACAAGACUCCACAAGCUUUUGGAA